GUGCAGCAAGAGGAGACAUGCUGUACACAGAGCUCACACUGAAGAUGAUGACAUGGGUGUGGGUUACAGUGGUGCUUUUUAAUAAAAUUGUUUCUGCACAGGAAAAUAGCAUCAAUCAACCAAAUCCAAUGAUCACUGCUGAUGUUGGUGAUACUGUGACUCUACACUGCUUUAGCCUAAAAGAUGAUCUGAGUCAACCCUUUUUUUGGUACAAGCAAAAAGUAGGACAUGAGCCUCGUGUAAUGCUCACAGUACUCCAUCAACCCAGUUAUGAAGAUGAGUUCAAGUCACCGAGAUUCAGUAUCGAGAAAGAAAAAAUGAGCUGCCAUUUGAAAAUUGCCAAAGUGGAAGCAUCAGAUGAAGCCAUGUAUUACUGUGGACUUAAACAUUUUUUAACAAGGUUUGGAAAUGGAACUUUUUUAUCAGUGAAAGGUGAUGGAGAUGUAAAAGUGUCAGUGAUCCAGAGCGGCGUGUUGGACUCGGUUCCUGUAGGAGCGUCAGUGACUCUGCAGUGCUCGGUUCUCUCUGAGAGCAGAGCAGCAGAACACCAAGUGCUCUGGUUCAGAGCUGCUUCACCACAAUCCCAUCCUCAAAUCAUUUACACUCAUCACAACAGCAGCCGUCAGUGUGAGAGCGGCUCUUCUACACACACCUGUGUGUACGACUUCUCCAAGAACAUCCUCAGCAUCACUGAUACUGGAACUUACUACUGCGCUGUGGCCGUGUGUGGGAAGAUCAUUUUUGGGAACGGGACUCAAGUACUUUUGGCAGAGAGAUCUGUCGUGGAUCCUGUAGUGAUCUGUCUCGCUGGAGCUUUGGGAGUGUGUGUGGUUGUGAACUUUGCUUUGAUCUUUAUCAUAACCUGUAAAGGAAGAAACAGAGUGAGAUUAAAACACGGUUCUGUGACAGACAAGACCCUCAAUCAGGACUGUGACACUGUGGAGCUGAAUUACGCUGCCUUACAUUUCAGUGAGAGGAGAGCCAAAAGAGGAAGAGUAAAGAAACAACAACCUCAAGAUACUAUAUAUACUGAUGUACAACAUAAUUCUGUAACUUAAAUUCUCUUAUCUCUGAUUGGAUUCAAUGUUAUUAAUUAUGUUAUCAGGUUUCAUUUUGAGUGUAGAUAUAUGUUUUUGUUAAUGAUUAAUGAUUGUUCAAACUGAAUUUAAGCUGAAAGCUGAAUCAUCAAGAAAUUUCAAAAUCACUGAAACACUGGGACACUGGUUCUGUCUUGGAGUGACAUGAGAAAGCAUUUUUCCCCCUUUCUUCUGUUUUUGUGUAAUUGUCACACUUCACUGUUUCAUAUCACCAAAAUGAAUCUUAAAUAAAACAAAUGCAACCUGAAUAAACA